GAUUGCUGGAAAGUCUAUGAUUCUAACAGCACUACUUCAAGACAAAGAAACGCAUGACUGUGAUACGAAUAAACAUUUGUGGAAAGUGAGACUAAUAAUAAUAAAACUGUGACCAAAUCCCCACAAAUCUUUCGAACUUUCGUAUUACACUGAUAAGUAUCAUAGACUUACAUUCACCGCAUGUGCCUUAUAUGUGUGCAGGACUAGAUUUAGAAGCAAGAACGCAAACAGAGCAAAACGAUGCCGAGAGGAUUUCUGGUUAAGCGUACGAACCAUCCAGGCCAGUUUUCUCACAGAUUUAGACAUGUUUCGGACGAAGAUCGAAGUGAAAGUGGUUCCGACCAGGAGUACGUGCAGACGAACUUUGGUUCGCCAGACUCCGGUUACUCAGCAUCGCCAAUCUCCGCCAAUUUCCGUGAACGCUUUUUGCAAUAUGCGGAGUUGAACAGAAUCUGCCGAUCGCCUGUUCCGUCUCCAGUGCCACCAAACUUGCACGGUUAUCCAUCUCCGCUGUACUAUGCAACCUUCGACAGAUUAUCAGUAAGCCACGAUGAACCUUUGGAUCUUAAAAUUCACAAAGAAGACGUCGCCGACGUGGAAAAACCUUUGGACUUUUCAAAAACGCCAAAUAAACAAACUUCCGUACAAUUACUUUCGAAACCAACGCCGGUUAAAGUAACACCUCCAAUAAGCCCAAACAAGCGACGAGGAACAUCGGAACACUCAGAAAAUAAAUCAAAAUCUUCCAAGAAACCAAAAGCAGCCCGUAAAAUAAACUUCGAUGAGGAUACAUCGUCACCAGUGUCCGGGACUAUCAUUAGAAAACUCACCGAUGAUGUUGAAGGUGCGAGAAUAGUGUGUGGAGACAUAGACAGCAAGUUCAAUUGUGUCGAAGUGACACCAGAGGCGAAGGCAGAAAUUGCAAAGAUCGAGAACCGGAUUGGGGACUAUGUGUGCAGGCUCUGCAAGGAGCUUUUCGAGGACGCCUUCCAGCUGGCGCAGCACCGAUGCUCCAUGAUCAUCAACAUCGAGUACCGGUGUCCGGAGUGCGACAAGGUCUUCAACUGCCCCGCCAACUUGGCCUCGCAUCGACGCUGGCAUAAGCCGCGACCAACCGCACAGAAACGGAGCGCCACGCCGGUGAAAAUUCUCCCGGCGGAAACAGUAGUUGAAAACCAUGUCGCGCUUGAGGAGUCUGAUCAAGAGUUGCCAGGUAUGCCGGAAAUAAGCGUCUCCGAGAACGCAGAAGAAAAGCGGUUCCCAUGUAGCCAGUGCAAUAAGACGUUCCGUCGCCAGGCGUACCUACGAAAGCAUUCGCAGGUGCACGAAAGCGACUCAAUCUACGUGUGUCAAUACUGCAGCAAGGUGUACCAACACGACGCCGCACGGGCGAAGCACGAGCAGACGCACACUGGAGGGAAGGAGCUCACGUGUACCCUGUGUAUGACGUCAUUUCCGAACAAGAUCGUUCUCGAGAAGCACGUGCGUCAACAUGGCAGCGAUAAAUUCGACUGCAAAUACUGCGAAAAUUCGUUUUGUAGCUCGCCUGGCCUCACCAGACACAUCAAUAAGUGCCACCCGUCCGAAAAUAGACAGGUUAUUCUGCUCCAGAUACCUGGAAACAGGAACUGUUGAAGUCAGCGCCAUAUCCGUGUUGUGUGCCGUAUACGUAGAUUGUGCCUAUAAGUGUGGGACAGGGUUUAGUGUGCCUUUAACCAAGAUGUCUGUGCGUCAAUCUAACACCCAGAAAGGAAAGGUAUUUGAAAAUUGGCAGAACGCGAGCAACUGUGAUUUCUUGUAUAUUUUUUUAUGUGAUUAUGAAGGCAUUUUUCUUCAAGGAGCUGAUCUCACUGAGAUUUAAUUUGUGCUAAAAGGACAUUAUAAUUAGAUUAUUUUUUAUUUGUUCAUCUAGUCUCUAUAUUAUGUUGACCUUUUAAAGGUAUGUUUUGUUUAUUUUGAUUUAUUAAGGUUUAAAUUACCGCAUAGAGUAUGUUUUUUGAUUAUUUUUCUUUUUAUACUAGUCAUAUAUCACGUUCUUUCAUUAUAUGCUAUAUAUAUUUGUUUAUUUCUUUCGUGCAAUAUUUAAGUGCAAUUCCAUCUUGUGCAAUAUUUAAGUGCAAUUCCACCAUGUGCAAUAUAUUGAGUGCAAUCAAACCCAGUGCAAUAUAUAUUUUCAGUCACUUACGUGCAAUAAUUUUGUGCAAUAAAACUAUGUGCAAUAUUUCAUGUGCAAUUCCAUCUUGUGCAAUAUGUUCGUGCAAUUCCACCAUGUGCAAUAAUUUUGUGCAAUAACAUCGUGUGCAAUUAAAUUGUAUGCAUUUUAAUUAUUUACGUUGUUAAUGUGUGAGAUCUAGUAAUUUUAUUUUACUUAUUUAUAUAGAUUUAUUUUUACAUAUUAGCCUUCGUGCCAUAUAACUAGUAUCAUGUUUGCCUUGAAUAGAGAAAUCCAGUUAGAUUUAUAAUAAUUAGUCGACGUUUCAAUUGCUCCUGAUAAAUUGUUUUAAAAUAUACAUAUUUACAUGCCAAAGAUUUUCAAGUACUUUUCAUGCGUUUCUUAUUCUUAUUAUAAAGUUGUGUUCUCCAACUGCCUUGUAAAGUUAUUUUACCCAUUAUGCCUAGUGUCUAGAAAAAAGGCCUUGGCAAACAGCGUAGACCCAGAUGAGACGCCGCAUGAUGCGGUGUCUCAUCAGGGUCUGCGCCGUUUGCUUAAAGGAAUUUCUGUAAGAAAUAUUCUAAAUAUAGAAAUAAAUAUACUAGACAUCCCUAAUUUUGGAAAUAAAUUGAUCCGAUUUAGAAGGAUGGGAGAGUCUACUAGGCAUAAAUGGGUUAAUGUAUAAUGAUAUGACUACACUGAACGAACGUUGGUUAAUGGUUGUUUCACACGUUAUCAACAUCCUUCGAAUUAAACUCUUCAAAGGCCUCUUUAUUUGAUAUACAAAUUAAUAAUUAAUGUGGUUUAAUUCUUAUUUUAAAUUUUUAUUGCAAUUCAUUGAAUUCUUCCACUAAUUUCAUACUGUUUCAUACAGUUAAGUAAGGCACAUGUGAUAUACGUUCGUUCAGUGUACAUUUUUAAAUACCAUAUUCACAUACGAGAAAAGACAUGGGAUGGUUACAUCUGAUUUUACUCUUGAAAUAAUUUAAUCGUUGAUAAAAACUACAGUAUUUUUUUUUAUAUAAUUUGAUCAUUUUUAUUUUGUUGGUUUUAUUAUUUUUGAUUAAUUUUAUUUUUCCAAGCACAUUAAAGUAUUUUUUUAAAAAUAUUAUUCCCAUGUCUGACUCUCUAC